AUGCUGCCUAAGCGAAGCUGGGGCAGUUUUGCUGCUGCGACGAGGUUUAUCUGCUGCUUAGAAGCAGAUAUUCCUCGUAGCUCAGCAGCUGUGGAGCCUUACGGUGUAAUACACGGGAGGGAGAAGAGAGGGGUAUGGGCGUCUGUUAUCUCUGCAAGCAGCAGAGAGGAAUAUAGCUGCGGCAUUCCGACUGCACCACCAGCAGCAGCAGCAACUGCAGCAGCAGCAACUGCAGCAGCAGAUGUAAAGGAGUCAAAGUGGGCCUUUCAGCAGCACUUAGGCCGCUCCGUUCAAGUGCGUAGAAGCUUGCAGGGGCCUUCUAGCUUGCAGUGCUGCUGUCUGUCAAGCACUGUUAUACUACGGCCUCCUUGUGCAGCUGCUGCAGCUUCUCUUUCUUCUUUUAAUAGCUGCGCAGCUUCAAAGCGGAAUAAGAAUCUGUAUUGGGGCCAGGGAGGUGUGGGGAUCGGAGGCAGACAAGAGAGACUCCUCCAAGGGAUCGCUGCUGUUGCAGAUACACCGCACAUUCACGCCAAGGCUAUGCCACCUAGAAGCAGCAGCAGCAGCAGCAGCCGCAGCGGCAGCAGCAGCAGCAGCAGAGGCAACGCAGCGUUUGAGUUUGGUGAGGUGUAUGGACCUCGUGCUCGAGAGGCAGCCGCUGCUGCGGUUGCUAAGGGCUCUAGUGGAGGGGGAGUGUCUGCUGCUGCUGCUGCUGCUCCUGCUGCUCCUACAGGAGCUGCUGCUGAGGGGCGGCCGUCUCUGCUGUCUGCGACGCCGGCAGCAGUGCAGCAAAUAAAAAGGUUGAUUAAGAAUUACAACAAAGCCUUGCAGCAGCAGCAGCAGCAGCCAGGCGCAGAGCCUCCUCCAAAAGCCACAGGCAUUCGCAUCAGCCUGCAGCGGCAGGGCUGCAGCGGCAUGGCUUACGAUGUAUCCCUCUGCACGGAGCAGCGCGCUGACCCUACUGCAGCAGCAGCAGCAAAUGCAGGAGGCUCUGCUGCAGCAGCUCCUUUGCAUGCGCCUGGGGCUCCUGGGGUGGCUAGCCGCAGGCGUAAGGAUUGGGGAAGAGAUGAAGUGGUUUUAAUUGACGGGGUGGAGAUAAGAGUUGCUGCAGACGCAGUGAUGCUGCUGAUAGGCACUCAAGUAGACUUUGUAGAUGAAGAUGUUCAGACAGGCUUUAUUUUUAACAACCCUAACCAGAAGCAAUCUUGCGGCUGCGGCAAGAGCUUCAUGGUGUAG